GCCUAUGCAUUACUGUGUUGUCUCUUGCGGCUGGGUCUGAACCCUGAAUCCAGAAAAGUCUUCAUUCUUCAAGCUUAGCUUCUCUUCCCAUGGAGAAUGUUGAUUCAAAGAGCGGUUUCUGUUCGGAUUCUAGAACCUUCCACAGCCUCAGACCUCCCGUUCAUCUUCCUCCUCCUCACUCUCCCCUCUCUGCUUCACAGUACGCUCUCUCUCUCCGUCUCAAAUCGCCCUGGCCCGACUCAGUUCCCGCCCUUAUCGACGCGGCCUCCAGCCACCGAGUUUCCUUCUCCGAGUUCAUCCAUUUCUCACAAACCUUAGCUUCUAAUCUACAAUCUGUUGUUGGCCUCUCCAAAGGCGACACAGCCUUUGUACUAUCCCCCAACCUCAUUAAGGUUCCGAUCCUCUACUUCGCCCUGCUUUCCCUUGGGGUUGUCGUCUCUCCGGCUAACCCAAUCAGCACACGCGCCGAGAUUUCCCACCUGUUCCAGCUAUCGUCGCCGGUCAUUGCCUUCACAACGUCGUCCACAGCACAAAACCUUCCGCACAGCCUACGCCUCGGAGUCAUCCUUCUCGACUCACCUGAGUUCGACUCGCUGAUGACGACGGCAAGAAGCCUCACGAAACCAGUGGUCCCGCGCGUGGAGGUGAGCCAAUCAGAUAUAGCCGCGAUUUUGUACUCUUCGGGGACCACGGGGAAGGUGAAGGGAGUAAUGCUGAGUCACCGGAAUCUGAUAGCAUUAGCGGCGAGUUACGACGCGAGUCGUCCUCAGAGAGAAAGGCCGGCGGUUUUCCUCUACACGAUACCGUAUUUUCACGUGUACGGUUUCACCUACUGUCUCAGGUCGGUUGUGCUAUCAGAGACGGUGGUGCUGAUGGAGAGGUUCAGAAUGGAGAAGAUGUUGCGGGCGGUGGAUGAGUUCAGAGUGACUCACCUCGCGGUGACUCCGCCGGUGGUGGUGGCUAUGGCGAAGGGAGAUGUAACGGACGGUUACGAUUUGAGCUCGCUGGAAGGCAUCUCUUGCGGGGCGGCUCCGUUAGGAAAGGACGCCGUCGCGGCUUUCAAAUCGAAGUUCCCCGGAGUCGUGCUCGGCCAGGGCUAUGGGUUAACAGAAACAACGGCAUCGAUCUGUCGAACCACAGGUGAAGGAGAUGCCACUAAGACAGGAACAACCGGGAAGCUAAUAGCAGGUGUUGAAGCCAAAAUUGUGGACCCAGACACUGGACUGCCCUUGUCUCCUGGCCAAGAAGGUGAACUUUGGCUCAGAGGACCCUCUAUAAUGAAAGGUUAUGUUGGGGAUCCAGACGCAAACUCGUCGACUUUUGUUGGAGGGUGGUUGAGGACAGGAGACUUGUGCUACUUUGACCACCAAGGCUACCUUUACGUUGUUGACAGAUUGAAAGAACUGAUCAAAUACAAGGGAUACCAGGUGGCUCCUGCGGAGUUGGAAAACUUGCUUCAAUCCCAUCCACAGAUCAAGGACGCUGCGGUUAUUCCAUACCCUGAUGAAGAAGCAGGGCAGGUGCCCAUGGCAUUUGUGGUGAGGCAACCCCACAGCUCACUUAGUGAAGCGGACGUAAUUGAUUUUGUUGCCAAGCAGGUUUGCAUAUCUCAUCCCUAUGGUGCAUGUUCUAUAUUUGAACUGUCACCAAAUUUUUCAUAUGAGUGGCUGCUGGGAGAUAUCUUCACCAGUGAUAUCUUCCUUGUAUUCAAAUGGAGCUUUAAAAAUUUGACCCAAAAAAAAUGGAGCUUCAAAAAGGAUGAAUUGUGGUUUUUUUUUUUUUAAAAAAAAUCAUCAUGUGUUAGGGCAUGUUUGUUUUUGUUU